AAAUACGUUACAUAACUUUGAAUAUGUAUCGCAUAACAAAUUUGAGAAUUAUAAUCUCAUUUUGCACAAAGUAAUUAAAUUAUUAAAUUAUUAUAGAACGAGUUAUAAAAUUAAUGACUAAGUAUCAUAUGUAAAAAAAUUAAAUAUAAAGGAAUUUAUACUAUAGGAAACAUACGCGAAUUAAAUAAUAAUUACCGCUAUUGCUGUAAUGAGUACUUUCAGUGUAAAUUUAUCAAUACCUUUCCCAUCAAAAAGGGAAGCAGAAAUUGCUUAUCAAGUACUAAUAGUUGAUAAAGAGCCCUCAAGAGGUAGUAUUACAAAGAAAUUGACACUAGAUAAUAAUUUAUUGCAAAUAUUAAUUUGUGGAACUGAAGCACGAAAAGUUAGAGUGGCAUUAACAUCAUUUUUUGAUAGUUUAAUUUUAGUAACAGAAACUAUGCAACUUCUUGGUCCACCUGUACCAACUUACAAUUAUUAUUAAGUAAAUAUUCAUUGUUAAAAUUAUUUCCAUAGCAUAACAUAUAUAAAAUGGAACAUACCCCAGCUCCAUAUGGACCAAGAUCUGUUUAUGGAUAUGCUCUAUACAUAGGUUCAAAUAUGCUAUUCCUUUUAUUCCUGGUAUGGGCCUUAAUACCAGAUCAAAUUUUACAUAAUUUAGGACUAACAUAUUGGCCUUCUAAAUACUGGGCUGUAGCAAUACCAAUUUGGGCUUUAACUGCCCUUGCUACAUUUGCAUUUAUUAUUUACCCAGCUAUAAACUUAUCUAUGACUCCAGAUAUUAAUGAUAUUACUACUAUUACAGAUAAACAUUCACGUCCUAAAAAAGAAACUGUUCUAGGUGGUAUACCCUCUAUGUAUGAUAUUCCAAUAACAGAAGUUUGUAGGAAGUUGUAUUUAGCAAAAAGAAGUAACAAUAAAUGACAUUAAGAAUUUA